UACGAAACUGACGUCAUAAUUUGUGUACCAGCAAAGCGGACAUUUUAGAAGUUUGAAGGUAAAGGAGAUUAGCUGACGACUUUCAUAUAAUAUUUUCGUCUAACAAAUUUGAGGUGUACUUAUGCUGGUUUUAUAAUUUAAUUCAAGAACCGGGUCGACCUCGUUCUUUGAACUAGUAAAGAAGUUGAGUCCAGUAUUUUUGUAUCGUAUGCGGGCAAGAUCCUGCUGCUAGCCCGUCAUUUUGCAAGUGUGCGUUGUUUUUUAGCCCGUUAAAAGAGGGCCCUUUCAGCUCUCAGACGCCAAAUCUAGUUUUUUUCUUCAAAAUAGACGCAUGGCCCGUGAACGUAUAAAUUAUAACUUGUGUCUAUGUCAUUUUAUUAAGGUAGCUAGAUUAGAAGCGCUUUGGAAUAUUGCUAGGCCAACUGGCUUGCUAGCUAACAAUUGACAACCCCGCGUGCGCCAUCAGCUUUGUGAAUUAGCCAUUAGCUAGCUAGUUUACGUUACUUGCUAAUCUAAUUUAGAGACCAUGGCAGAGUUGUACAUUCGCGUGGGAGAGGAUGAAAACGAAGAGCCAAUGGAGAUCCCAUCUGAGGAUGAUGGCACUGUUUUGCUGUCAACAGUAGCAGCCCAGUUUCCCGGAGCGUGCGGCCUACGUUACAGGAGCCCUGCGUCUCAGUGCAUGCGAGGCGUCCGUCUAGUUGAGGGCAUCUUGCACGCACCUGAGAAUGACUGGGGUAGUCUGGUGUACGUCGUCAACUACCCAAAAGAUAACAAAAGGAAGAUGGAUGAAAUGGAUGCCGUCUCUGCUGUAAAAAUGAAGAGAGGUAUUGAUAGAACAUCAGACCUCAUUAUCCUUGGGUUGCCAUGGAAAACAUCUGAGCAAGAUUUGAAAGACUACUUUGCCACUUUUGGAGAAGUCAUCAUGGUGCAGGUCAAAAGAGAUGUCAAGACUGGGAACUCGAAAGGGUUUGGCUUUGUUCGGUUCACUGAGUAUGAGACUCAAUCCAAAGUGAUUUCUCAGCGACACAUGAUCGAUGGAAGAUGGUGUGACUGCAAACUACCAAACUCUAAGGUAUUUAAUCAAUAUGCAGGGACUGAUGAGCCCAUGCGCAACUGUAAAAUCUUUGUUGGCCGCUGCACAGAGGACAUUACCACUGAUGAGCUCCGGCAGUUCUUCAUGCAGUAUGGCGAGGUCACCGACGUCUUCAUUCCUAAACCCUUCCGGGCGUUUGCCUUUGUCACUUUCUCAGAUGACCAGGUUGCCUCAGCAUUGUGCGGAGAAGACCUGAUCAUCAAGGGUGUCAGCGUGCACAUCUCCAACGCCGAGCCUAAGCACAAUAAUAGUAGGCAAAUGAUGGAUCGUGGGGCUGGUGGGUUCGGGGGUCAGGGCUAUGGCGGUGGUCGUGGAGGGCUACCGACCAGUGGCAGUAGCGGGGUGAAUUUUGGGGGCUUUAGCCUUAACCCAGCCAUGAUGGCUGCCGCUCUGCAAAGUAUGCUGGCUAACCAGCAGGGUCAGACCAAUGUGGCAGGCACUGCCAUCGCCGGGCAGACAAGUGCCACCGGAGAUCAAAGCCAAGUCUAUAGUUCUAGCAGCACCAGUUACAGCAGCCCCAGCGCAGCUAGUCUUGGGUGGGCUGCAGGCACUAACUCUGCCUCCGGCAGUGGGUUCAGCUCUGGCUUUGGCACUAUGGAGUCAAAGUCAUCAGGUUGGGGAAUGUAGAUAGCUUUGAUUGAAAGUCUUAUUUCUAGAUUAAUCUGGUAAGUAUUUUGAGGGGCAAGAAAGAGUUAGUCAUAUCACGUGUCUCUGCUAUUUAAAACUAUUGCCUUUUUUGUUUUGUUUUGUUAAGAAGACAUUAAUUGUGUGCGUGACUAAUUCUGUAGGAAAUGAGUGUGAGUGGUUGAAGUGUAUAGUUAGUGGUAAACUACUACACGUAGUUUUUUUUUGUUGAGAAAAAGUUAUUUUGUAAAAGACAUCAGAUGACAUGACUGCAUGCUAAGUAGAUAUUUGAGUAUCACGACAAUCCCCCCCCCCCCCCCCCCAACCAUGUGUAUAUGGAUUUGGAUUUGAUGUUUAAUCUCUGUAUGCAGUUGAUUGUAUCUUUGUUUACCAUUUUAUGGAAACACCUUCAUGAAAAUCUCUUCAACAGUUAACCAACUGUUUUCGAAUUUCCCGGGAAGAAGCCCCUCGUUGGCAGCAAUGUUCGACCGAACUCAGUAUCGGUACCCCUCUUCCCAUGUGUAAAUGCUUUGCCAUCAAAAGACACAGCUUCACUCUGCAUAUACUGUGUUAGACGGUGGGUGUUGCCUUUUUUUCUCCCCUCUUCAUG